GGGCCCUGUGGGUCUGCAUCGUCCUGAGCCCCCACUGCAAACCAGAGGAGCGGGCGGGCUGGCUCCAGCUGCUUGGCAAGUGGGACAAGCUCGAUGUGUGCCCGCUGGAAGAGGGCAACUACUCCUUCGAUGGCCCCAGCCUGCAGCCCACCGUGGCCCCCAGCCCAGGCUCAGAGGAGGAAGAAGAGGAGGAGGUGGCAGCCACGACCUCCCACCACACAGUGUUUGGCCGCGCCCUGCAGGCUGGAGAGCUGCAUUGGAGUGACGGCCACCUACAGAGAAUCCUGGCCAGCGACUCCUAUGGCCCCAGCCUCACAGGCAGCGUGGGUGGUGACAAGCCGACCUUUGACCCCCAGGGCCGCCCACUCUGGCUGGGUGAACCUUUCCCCACUGCCUGCGCUCGUGUGGAUGCCCUGCGUGCCCACGGAUACCCCCGCCAGGCCCUGCGGCUGGCAGGUGCCAUAGUCAACACGCUCCGGCUGCAGCGGCGGCACCAGCUUGAGAGCUACAAGCAGCAGAAAAAAGAGCUGCUCCAAAAAGGCUCCACCUGCAUCACCAACACGGAAGGAUGGGUGGGCCACCCCCUGGAUCCCAUUGGUUGCCUCUGCAGGGCGCUCCUGGAGGCCUGUCGCCUGGAGGAGGAGACCCUCGCCCUUUACCCAGACUCAGGAUCCGAGAAGCGCAAGGUGGCCUACCAGCAUGUCCCCAUGCCCGGGAGCCCUGGGGAGUCCUACCUGGUGCUAGCUCUGGAGGUGGCACUGCUGGGGCUGGGACAGCAGCGGGCCCUGCCAGAGGGGCUGUACGCCCAGGACAAGGUGGUGCGCAGCGAGGAGCAGCUGCUGGCCCUGCUGGAGGAGGUGGACUUGGAUGAGCGGUUGGUGCAGGUGUUGCGCAAACAGGCGGGGCUGCUGCUGGAAGGGGGUCCCUUCAGCGGCUUCGGAGAGGUGCUGUUCCGGGAGAGCGUGCCCAUGCACACCUGUGCCCGCUACCUGUUCACCGCGCUGCUGCCUCAUGACCCAGACCUGGCCUAUCGCCUCGCACUCCGAGCCAUGAG